CGUACUAUACUACUACUAAGCUAAGUAGUGAAUGAUGGCGGCCCUUGUAAUUCAGUGGCUGGCUUUAGCGUCUCUCCUGGCUGGCGGUGCUGUGUCUCUGGACAACGGCCUGGCUCUCACUCCACCGAUGGGCUGGAUGUCGUGGGAGAGGUACAGAUGUAACGUGGACUGUACCACGGAUCCUUACAACUGCAUCAGUGAGGAGCUGUACAUGGAAAUGGCAGAUCGUCUGGUGGACCAGGGCUACAAGGAUUUGGGAUACGAAUUUGUCAACAUUGACGACUGCUGGGACUUGCUGGAGAGAGAUGAGAAUGGUAGACUGCAGCCUGAUCCUGACAGGUUCCCAAGUGGCAUCAAAGGUCUUGCCGACUACGUGCAUAGUCGAGGACUGAAGCUGGGAAUAUAUGGAGAUAUUGGUACAAUGACGUGUGGAGGGUACCCAGGAUCCUAUGGUCACAUUGAAACCGAUGCAAUGACUUAUGCAGAGUGGGGGGUAGACAUGGUAAAGGUGGACGGUUGCUAUGCCAACGAGACGGUGUUCGCAGAAGGCUACCCAGCUAUGGGGAAGGCCCUGAACGCCACUGGACGACCGAUAGUCUAUUCCUGCAGCUGGCCUGCCUACCUCAAAGAUGUACGGAACUAGAGAAAAAACUGAGUUUUCACGCAGAAUUCCCUCUCUACAUCGUUCCCAUCUUCUUCUCUCCGUGUUAAGAUCACCAUUCAUUUAGCUUCACUGCACCACGGUGCCAACCGGUGCAGCACGUGCAUGAGCUUGCAUCUGUUAUUGCUUCUCUUCCCUUUCACCUCUCCGUAUAUCCAUCGUGUGCAGCCUGACUACGCCACCAUUUCCAAGACGUGCAACCUCUGGAGAAAUUACGACGACAUCCAGGAUUCGUGGGACAGUGUUCUGUCUAUAAUACUGCACUAUGCCGAGGGUCAGGAUGUGUUUGGUAAUCUGGACCAGCAGAUGUCCCAAAUGGCAAUGUGGGCAAUCUUUGCAUCGCCUCUACUCAUGUCAAACGACCUGUGGAACAUUCCAGAAGACUCCAGGGAAAUCCUACAGAACCCGGAGGUGAUAGCCGUCAACCAGGAUAAACUGGGAGUCCAGGGAAAACUGGUAUCUUCGUCCACAACUUCUCAUCCUCACUCACCCAAGGAAACAACUCUGUAUGUCUUUGCGAAGCCACUGUCGACAGGUUCAGUAGCUGUGGCUCUACUGAACACUGACGACCAGGGAACUCCCCGCAAUAUGACCGUCUCGCUACAAGAGGCUGGGCUCAAGGUGACAAGUGCCAGGGUUCGCGACCUCUUCGAGCUCAAGGACAUCGGUGUGUUUAACUCAAAGGUCACCUUGUCCGUCAACCCAUCUGGCGGCGUUCGUCUUCUCCUCCUUACCCCAGUCUCCCCUUGACGGACAAUUAUUGUGAAAUAAUAUUACAUGAUAACUGUAACCUUGUGCUUGUGAAGUGAUCAAUAAUAUUUAUGAAUGGGGCGCUUUUUGCAAAUAAAAGUGGGACUUUGUAAAUAAAAACUUUGUUUUUUCGGCGAGGGUUACGGUGUGCCUUUCUUUCUGAGAAGGUGGAUCUUCCACAUCAUUUGGACGGUCCACUUGAGGUCGAGGCAUUUCCUGAUGACCUUUCUGAACAGCUGCUCGGCCUCUUGUUCUGUCUUGUCCAGGACGAGGGCGUUCCUGAUGUAGUCGGUGUCCUCCACGCACGUCAGUUCAGGGAUCCCCGUGGAUCUCAUGAGGGAGAAGAGGUUGAUGAUGAGGUCGGCAUUUCUGCGGAGAGUGAGGAAUGCCCGGCAACAGAGGUUCUUGUACGUCUCAAACAUCCCUCCUUCUUCUCCACCCAUGACGUACACAAAGUCAGGAGUCAGUACGAAUGGGGCCCACUCUCUCUUGAACCCCUUGUAGUACUUGAUGUUUCCGAGGAAGUGUCCAAAGUCAAUGUGGAACAGGUUGCCAGAAGUGGUGACCAUGAUGUUGUCAUUGUGCCUGUCUCCUAUCCCCUGUGUGUGUGACGUCACAUGAUCAUCACAUGAAUGUCAUGUGACAUGCAUAAAC